AUGUCGCUGGUUCAGCACGUCUCCUCAAUAGAUGGAGUCGACCGCGAGCAUGUACCGUCGAGCCAAGAGCCAGCGGGCUCGAUCCGGCGCCAACUGAGCUAUGAUGCUUUUCCACGGAAGACAAACCCAAAGGACGACCAAGUGGGAAUUCCUGCCUACAAAGUAUCGGUAGCAAAGAGAGUUGCCCAGGUUACGGCUACCAUUUUGGCCUGUUGGUUCGCUGCAGGAAUCGUUUUUGGCUUCGCUGCUCUGAAGCCGGUUCUGAUUUCUGAAGGUGUCUAUCGAGACUUAUGUACGGAAGAUGAGUUGCGAGAAGAUGUGGAGGUCUGCUACGGGCAAGAGAUGAGGCUCGAUCUCUUCUUUGCUGUAGCUUCGACAACAACAAACAUAUCUGCUCUGCCUGUUGGUACUAUCCUGGAUCGCUAUGGACCCCGGCUCUGUAACAUCGUGGGCUCAAUUUUGUUAGCCAUCGGUAGCAUCUUCAUGGCCUUCCCGCUGCCCAAGGUUGACAAUUACAUCAUUGGCAACCUCUUUCUAUCCUUGGGAGGCACGUUUGUGUUUGUGCCCUCGUUUCAGAUCGCUAAUGCGUUCCCACGAUAUGCUGGGACCAUAGUAGCAUUGGUGACGGGAGCCUUUGAUGCCUCAGCUGCGGUCUUUCUUUUCUAUCGUCUGGCAUACCAAGCAACGGGUGGUGCGAUCGGCCUGAAGAAAUUCUUCGGGGGCUACCUUAUCAUUCCAGGAUUGAUACUCCUUGUACAGACUAUCAUGCCCGCCCACGGCUAUCAAAGUGUGCAGCAACUCGAGGUUAAGAUCGAGCAAGCUCAAGAUGCCACCCGUGAUGUACAUGAUUCGGACGACGAGAUCGAGAGUGAGACAGAGUUGUGGCGUGUCCGCAGCAGACGCGCCGAGCGUAGACAGCAGAAAAAGGACCAGCUCGACCAGCUUCUGGGAGAUGAGGAGGUUCGACAGCAGCGGGUGGAACGAGAAGAGGAGAAGCAGGCAGUUAGUGGCGUCUGGGGAGUCCUCCACGGCCAGCCCGCCCGCAAACAGAUGCUAUCUCCAUGGUUCAUCCUGAUCAACUUGAUGACAGUGCUACAGAUGCUCAGAAUGAAUUAUUUCAUUGCAACCGUUAGGCAGCAGUACGAAUAUAUGCUCCGCUCUGAGCGUCAGGCUGUGCGGAUCAACCAUUUCUUCGACGUCGCUCUCCCUGUGGGUGGUGUCGCAUCUACUCCCUUCAUUGGCAUUCUUUUGGAUAGCUUCAGUGUCCCGACGAUGCUGGCAGUCAUUGUUGUUCUCACCACACUUGUUGGAGCAUUAAAUUGCGUCCCGUCCAUCGGGGCUGGAUAUGCCACAGUUAUAAUAUUUGUCCUGUUGAGGCCACUUUAUUACUCGGCCAUGUCCGACUACGCUGCCAAGGUGUUCGGCUUCGCUACCUUUGGUCGUAUCUACGGAACAAUUAUCUGUCUUUCGGGGAUAGUCAACUUUUCGCAAUAUGGAUUGAACGCCCUGACCUACAAAACUUUCCACGGCGAUCCGAUUCCCAUCAACAUCGGUCUGGUUGUCGGCGGCUUUGUCAUUGGAGUGAUCCUAGUAACAUUUGUGCACGUUGAAGGCUACCGUAUAAGACGUAGGCAGCUGGAGGAAGAAGCGGAAGAAGAACGGGAGAGAUUGAUUCCGGAAGAGUGCGAGCCUCAAGAGGCAUGA